ACCAACUUUCACUGGGAAAGUUGUCAUUACCCGGGUAAAAAAACAACUUUGAACUUGCAACCGAUAUUUUUCUUAAAAGCUGCAAAAUUUCUGUCUCAAUUUCAACGAUUCAGUAGCUAUAAAAGCACGAUAUAUUUAAAUCUACUUUUCGUUUAUAGUGUGAUUAUUUUGAAGCAGCUCUUGGGAGAUUGGUUUUGGUUCGUCACAUUCAAAAUAAAAUUCUGCUCUGCUAGGGUUUCGUAAUAUUUUUCCUUCAAACCCUGCCUAUUUUCUCAUUGGCACCGUUGCCAGCACGACACAAUUUUUGCAGAUUUUAAGUUUAAACACCAUGUUAUCCAAUGUCCUGAGGAUGUUCUUUUUGACAUCAACUGUAAUGUGGGCAUUACCUCUUACAAUUUUAUAUGGGUUCAAUCAUCAUAUUUUCCCAGGUACUGGGACUUUGUCAUCCUCUUCACAUACACUUUUGAGUGGGUUUUUAGCUGUAUUAUCUGUGAAUCUGGUGAUCGGACUCUACAUUUUCAUGGCACUGAAAGAGGCUCCAUCUUCAACACAUCAGCCAGAUCCAGCAUUUUUAGCUCAAGCUCGAGCAAGCAUUCAAAAGACUGUCUCGGAAAGAAAUGUAAUACUAGAAGAUGACAAAAAAACUGAUUAGAUACAUUAUAUUGAUGUAGCUAGUUGCUUGAGACCUCGGUUUAUGGAAUGCAACAUUUUUCAUAUUCUUGUAGCAUCGACGCAUUAUAAUGGGUACACGAGUUACGUUUUUA